CUCGUUGGCCUCGGGUCCGCCCGUGCACACGUCUUGUUCAGGACAAACGUCAUUAACUGCUUCGGUUGGUUUCGAAUCUCGAUCAAGGGUUUCUCCGAUUCCUACACCUAUAUAUUCCUCUGAAAACAGCACAUGCAAGUCGAAUCAGACUUUGAUCCCACAACCAUCAUGAUGUAUGAACCUUCUGCCCACAUCGUCUACACCAAGGAGUUUAUCCACAAAUGCCGUGGUUAUCCAUUUUGGCAUCCAGAGCCAGAUUCUUUCGCACCGGAUGAGUUCAAGAUACGGGGCAUAUUUCCCGGAGAUGUCGGGAUCCUUAACAAAGAUGGAGGCUUCGACUUUCUCUUCAGCAUCUUCGGGAACGCUGAUGGCCUAGUCGUCGGAAACGCACCUCCUGGCCUUCAACCUCUCCCUGUACCGGACCAACCAGAGGUACAAGCUUAUCCGGAGCUCUGGGAUGUUCUUAAAAGUCAGCACGUAUCCUGCAGAUACGUUUCAGAUGUUCCUGCUGAGAGUCUUCCCGGCAUUGUGGAUACUGGCGUGGCCUUUGAUGUUAGUAUCUCAGAGGAUCCCGCAGCAAUCUUGCACCUUCCAAAUUAUUCGACGAGGUAUGAAACUAUGAACGAAGCCUUCUUUCAAAACUACGCUCGACAAUAUGGAGUAUCAUGGUACAACCAUGCCAACAGAACCUUGGGUCGGAAUGUGCGAAACGGUUUUUUGUAUCUUGUAACCGGGUGCGACAAAACAAUGACUUGGGGAAACGCAGUCAUCAGAAAGACAGAUCGGUCUUUCACGUUUUAUCUCAAGUGUACUUUGGAAAAUGUGGGUGGGGAAGCAGUUAAAGUUGCAAACAAGUGGAUCGAUGAUGCUGGAGUGGAGGAUGGCUUAUUCCCGAAUCCUUACGUCCGCUACCCUUACCCAAUAGGUCUUCAGAACCAGUGCAUAUUCGCACGAGGUUUUACCAUAUCGCUUUCAGAAAAAUUGUUCCGCAAAACGUGGCUGGCAGUUCCUCAUUUCAUCAAAGGCUCCCCCGAAGAUAGGCUUCCCUCUUUCGAUAGUAACAAGGUACCCCUCCCGCCGAGCGACGGAAAGACUAGAUUUUCGACUUAUCUUUCCUCGUUCAUUGGUUCCAAGACGGUACCAAACAACUCGGACUCGGAUCAGAGAAGGACGAUGGCAGAGAACGCUGACUCCCAUGGAUCGUUUAUCGCAGAAGUACCUGAAUUUCCACCUCUGGGAAACCAGGUCUUAAACCCUUCGACGGUAAUGAAUGAAUACUUGUUGAGCAAGGACCCUUCCCUCGAGAUAGUAGUCACACAUGACAAAGAGUGGAUGGACGUCAUGAAAAAGUACGAGAAGGAUACGUACUUAACGGAAGAGGAGCUCUGGUGCAAAUUAAAAGAUUCAUUGGAUGCCAAGCUGUCCAGCAACGUUUAUCAAAUUCCCUUACAACUGUACAAUGGAUCUCGACUUUGGGCCAUUGACGCAUAUUCAACUUCGGCGACCUUCCGCUCUUACCUGAAUAUAUGCAUACCUUCUCAUAGGAUUGCCCUCACACGGGCUCUUACCGGCACGCAUGAUCUCGCUAUCGAAAGAGGUAAAUGGGUUGGCCUCGCUCACCAGUGGAGACACUGCAGAAUGUGUCAUGAUGACAUUGAGGAUGUCAUUCACGUCCUAUUCAUGUGCCCCCAUGACGCAUGUGGGGAGCGCCGAACGUCCUUUCUCAAUAUCAUCCGGAUCACCUAUCCUGCUCUGAUGGGAUCGUGCCCUCCCAAAAUCCUUCUUCAUCGAUUGAUUGAAAAUAAAGCCUAGCUAGUGGAACCGACCGGUUUUGUGCAUGACAUGUUCGUAUGGAAAUCUGUCCCACUAUAUUGAUCCCCCGGGAUACUGCUCUAUUGCGCCAAUCGUGUCUUCUUGAAUCCUUCCCUUCACUUCUCAUCGGUUCCAUGCGUUAUUGUUCUCACCUUGUUUUUCUUCUUUUCCUCCUUUUUCUCGUUCUUGCCUUCUUCACCUUCCCGUCGCCGAGGCCGUGAGGAAGUACUCACGACGGGGCUUGACCAAAGCAGCAGAGCAUGGGAUAGGUUCGGUCCCGUAGCAGUUUCUCAUCUUACUAUCGGUUCAGGUUACAAUCUGACAAGUAUAUACCUCUGUAGUACGGACGUCGUUACGUUUCUGUUAAGGAGCCACGACGACUAAUAAAAUCAACUUCCUUCCGCCCGCCACA